AUGGCGUCGCAGAAGUCUGUGCCGAGCGAUUUGUACAAAUGCGUUUAUUCCUUUUUAGUGGAAAACAAGUUCACAAAGGCGGCUCAGCAGUUUCUGAAGCAGACAAAAGUGAAUGACCAGGAUCCAAACGAGGAACGCCUCGAAGAUAUCUACACAUUCUGGGUGAAAUCCCCGGAGUCUAAGAAACGUAAAAGUGGAGAUUCAAAUGGUCCCUCAGCUAAGAAAGCAAAAUCGAGCAAUGAGCGUUCCAGUGACUCAAGCAGUGAUGAAGAGGAAGCUGCUCCUAAAUCUACAAGUAAAGCAACACCGGCCGCAGCUAAGAAAGUUCCUGCCAAAACAGCAGCAAAAGCAGACUCCAGCAGCAGUGAGGAGUCCAGUGAUUCAGAGGAGGAAAAGGCAUCUGCAAAAACACCUGCUCCUGUAAAGAGUACUCCAACUCCUGCUGCUGUUAACACCAGAAAAAAGGACACAAGCUCCAGCAGCGAAGAGUCUGAUGAGGAGCCAACUCCAGCACAAAAACCUAAAAGUGCAGGUGUCGUUCCCAAAGCUGCGGCUGUUGUUGCUGCUGCCCAAAAGAAGCAGAAGAGCAGCAGUGAGGACAGUUCCUCAGAUUCAGAAGAUGAUGAACCAUCCAAGCCUCCUGUUAAACCUGCCCCAGUUAAAGCCACAGCAGAAUCAAGCAGCGAAGACUCAUCGGAGGACGAGACUCCUCCCAGAAAAAAGCCAAAAACUGGUGUCUAUAGUGCAGUCCCACCUCCCAGUGUAGAUCAGCCAACACCUGCUGUCAAAAAGGCCCAGAAAGAAGCUAAGCCCCCAAAAGCUGCUGCAGCUAAGAAACAGGAAUCUAGUUCAGACAGUUCAGAUGAGGAUGAUCCCCCUACAAAAAAAAGGGCUCCUGUUAAAAAGUCUGUGAUGCCUCAAUCAGCUGCAAAGCCAUCUACCCCUACGACCAAACCAGCCCCUGCCCAGAGCAGCUCUGAGUCUAGUUCUGAGGAAGAGGAGCAGCCCAAAAAAACAGCAGUUAAGGCCACUCCUGCCAAACCUGCUCAAGCUAACAAAGCUGCACCUGCGGCUAAAGCUGCCAAGCCUGCUGCAGUGAAGGCGGCUGACGGUAGUUCAGACUCUGAUUCUUCCUCUGAAGAUGAAGAACCAGCCAAGACCAAACCUGCUUCUAAGCCUUCCACACCAGGAGCAAAACCUGUCCCAAAAACAUCAAAGGCUCAAGAGAGUAGUUCUGAUUCAGACUCUUCUGAAGAUGAGGAGCCAGCUAAGGCCAAGCCUGCUGCUGCUAAAGCGGCUACACCUAAAACUACACCUAAAGCGGCUACAUCGGCUAAAGCUGCAGCAGCUCAAGAGAGUAGUUCUGAUUCUGACUCUUCUGAAGAUGAGGAGCCAGCUAAAGCCAAGCCUGCUGCUGCUAAAGCGGCUACACCUAAAGCGGCUACACCUAAAGCGGCUACACCUAAAGCGGCUACACAGGCUAAAGUUGCAGCAGCUCAAGAGAGUAGUUCUGACUCUUCUGAAGAUGAGGAGCCAGCUAAAGCCAAGCCUGCUGCUGCUAAAGCAGCUACACCUAAAGCCGCUACACCGGCUAAAGCUGCGGUAGCUCAAGAGAGCAGCUCUGAUUCUGAUUCGUCUGAAGAUGAGGAGCCAGCUAAAGCCAAACCUACUGCUGCUAAAGCCAAACCUACUGCUGCUAAAGCUGCUACACCUAAAGGAGCUACACCGGCUGCAUCAAAGGCAGCAGACAGUAGUAGCUCUGAAUCAUCCUCAGAGGAUGAGGAGCCAGCUAAGGCAAAACCUGCUUCUGCUAAAGCAGUUGCACCUAAAACUACACCUAAAGCAGCUACGCCGGCUAAAGCUGCAGCAGCUCAAGAGAGUAGUUCUGAUUCUGACUCUUCUGAAGAUGAGGAGCCAGCUAAAGCCAAACCUACUGCUGCUAAAGCCAAACCUACUGCUGCUAAAGCCAAACCUACUGCUGCUAAAGCUGCUACACCUAAAGGAGCUACACCGGCUGCAUCAAAGGCAGCAGACAGUAGUAGCUCUGAAUCAUCCUCAGAGGAUGAGGAGCCAGCUAAGGCAAAACCUGCUUCUGCUAAAGCAGUUGCACCUAAAACUACACCUAAAGCAGCUACGCCGGCUAAAGCUGCAGCAGCUCAAGAGAGUAGUUCUGAUUCUGACUCUUCUGAAGAUGAGGAGCCAGCUAAAGCCAAACCUGCUGCUGCUAAAGCAGCUACACCUAAAGUAGUUGCAGCAGCUAAAGAGAGCAGCUCUGAAUCUGAUUCAUCUGAAGAAGAGGAGCCAGCCAAGGUAAAGCCUACUGCUAAAGCUGCUACGCCUAAAGCUGCUACACCUAAAGCUGCCACGCCUAAAGCUGCAAAAGCCGCAGCAGACAGUAGCUCUGACUCAUCCUCAGAGGAUGAAGAGCCAGCUAAGGCAAAACCUGCGGUUACACUUAAAACUGCACCUGUGACUAAAGCUGCAGCUGAGAGUAGUUCUGAUGACUCCUCUGAGGAUGAAGAACCCAUCAAAUCACAAGUGACUCCAGCAAUCGCUAAAGCCACUCCGACUAAAGCCACUCCGGCCAAAGCACAGGAGAGCAGCUCUGACAGUGACAGUUCUGACUCUGAAAAUGAAGCGCCAAAACCUCCAGCUAAAAAGACUUCUGCUGCUGUUGCACCAGUUAAGAAAGCUGCUCCUGUGAAGAAGGCUGAGGAGAGCAGCUCUGAGUCCGACAGCUCAGAGUCUGAAGCAGAGGGUAAAAAGACUGCUGCAAAACCUGCAGCGACCAAUGGAAAAGCUGUGAAGCCUAAAGUGGCACCAGCAGCCAAACCUAAGGAGAGCAGCAGCAGCUCUUCAGAGAGUUCAGAGGAAGAGGAGGCCGCGCCAAAGUCCACUACAGCCCCCACCACCCCCUUAGCAAACGGUACCAGCGGCAAAAGGAAAAAGAGUGAAGACUCGUCAGAGGAAGAAAGUGAAAUGAAAACACCCAAAAACAAGGCAAAAAUGACUACGCCUCAAACAUUUCCUAAAGCCAACAAAAAAUCUUCCAACGUACCUUUUCGUAGAAUAAAAGACGAUGAAAUUGAAGUGGAUCCCCGCCUGGCAGACAACUCUUUUGAUGCAAAGCGUGGAGCCAAUGGAGAUUGGGGUCAAAAGGCUAAUGACACCCUCAGGUUCACAAAAGGAAAAUCAUUUAGACAUGAAAAAACUAAAAAGAAAAGGGGAAGUUACUGUGGUGGGGCCAUCUCCACAACAGUCAAUUCAAUCAAGUUUGACAGCGACUGA